CAUCAAUAAAACACUACAUUCCUUUAAAUUAAUGCAUGUUGUAUUGAAACAUACUUUAAGCUUAUUCUUGGUUGGAGUGAUAAUUUUCAUUUUCUACUGACACCUUCAGGUUCAUCAAAAUGUAAAAUUACAAUGGAAUUUGAGCAAUGGCCUGGAACUCUUAUGGUACAAAAUAACGAUUCCCUAAACAUUAGAUCAAUACCUAGAUAUGGUCAUGUCCCAUGUCAUGGUCAUAAUAAUAACUACAAGGCAGGGACAUGGCAGUUCUCUGGUGGUAAUAAUAACUACAAGGCAGGGACAUGGCAGUUCUCUGGUGGUAAUAAUAACUACAAGGCAGGGACGUGGGAGUUCUCUGGUGAUAAUAAUAACUACAAGGCAAAGUCUGGUUAUGUUCUGAUAAUGAAUAACUAUAUCUUCCCCAAGAGGGAUGAUGUUGAGCGUAUUGCCUCCAAUGAUGACGUAAGGAAUCUGACAAGUCUUUUUGAUGACUUCAAUUUCCGACACAGGCUAGAAAACAACCAAACUGGAAGUCAAAUGAUUAACUUACUGCAAACCACAGCGGAGAAAGACUUUUCAGGAUAUGACUGCUUUGUGUGUGUGAUCCUUAGCCAUGGAGGAAAAGAUGGGAUCUAUGGUACAGAUGAAGAACUGAUUAAAAUUGAGGCAAUCACAUCUCUCUUCCGAUGCAAUGAGUGCCCCUCAUUGGAAGGAAAACCCAAAAUAUUCCUCAUCCAAGCUUGUCGCGGCAGUCAACGAGAUAGGGUAACUGUUGAGAGUGACGGCCCCGCCAUUUUACCGUCAUGGUCAUCUUCACCAGCAGAUGCUGAUUUUCUCAUCUGUUUUGCUUCGGCUCCAGGCCAUGAAAGCUAUCGACAGGUUGGCAUAGGUUCAUGGUUCAUCGCUGCUGUUGUUGAUGUGUUCAAGGAAUAUGCAGAACGAGAGCAUCUCAUGGAUAUGAUGACAAGAGUCAAUGACCGUGUUGCUGGUUUUUUCAGCAAGGAGGGUCUUAAGCAAAUGCCAUCUCAGGUCUCUAUGCUACGAAAGAAAGUGUUUUUUGAUCCAAAGUAUAGCUGAACAUGAAUUUUACCUUGACAAGGAAUUUAUCCUUCAAUGUCUUUUACAUGACAUUUUCAUGUAGGAUUUUAAAAUUGUCUGACUAUGGCAAUGGAUUGAACCCCAGUAGAUGUUAUCUCUGGUAUGUUGUCUGUAGACAUUUAACAAUAAAUUAUUCCAUGAGCGCAUGUUGAUAUGAGAUAUGAGAUAUGGGGGAAUGACGCUUGUUGGAUAUGAGAGGUGGAAUAACUUUUUAUUAAAAAUUCUCCCAAAAUAUAGAAA